AUGGCCAUGUUGGAAGACCUGAACGAAAAAUUGACUUCCUCACUCACAACAUUACUGCCGAAGAAGUAUCAGCAAGUAGAAUAUCGGGAUAAUCCGACAAGCCAGGUCGCCACUCAACCAAGUCAAGCUUAUUGCCAGGCUUUUGAAUCCGUCCUCAACCAUGACACCACCCCAACAGCCGAGCAAAGUAAUGUGCAGGAUUCGACAAGCACACGGGAGGAGCCUCCGACGGCCAGAACCACCCCCAGUUUAUCUCUCCGCAGUCCAGAGUCUACAUCGCAAGCAGACCUUGAGAAUCGAAUUCUGGUUUCCAGUUUCUCUAUUUCCGAACCAAAUAUUAAAUCAUCCACGAGGGUGUCCCGCGCAAUCCAGGCAAUGAGUAAUUCCAAAAAGCAAGAUCCAGAUUAUUACGAUGCAACAUGGAGCGGAACCAGUGAUUUUAUUGAUUACUCUACCAUCGAGGAGACAGCGAUGGGAAGAUAUCGGCGAAUCCAAGGCCUGCAGUCUCAGGAAUGGGGAGAGGGAGAUAUGGUCAAAUAUGCGCAGCGCUUUAGCCUUGUCAUAGGCGCACAGGAGUUACAGGUCAUCGAAAAAGGCCUAUCGUCAACUGCAUGCUCUAGAGGCAUAUCUCUACGAUCUCUUGCAAUCAACAGACUGGCAGAAUUCCUUCAGGUUGAUAGAAAGCGAAUUUUGGAUGAAAACAAACGGCGUGUCCACUACGUUUCCAUCCUGGAGAAAUUUGGACCCGGUGCACUUUUACUUCUUGGUGAAAUCGAUGGCAUACUUUCCCUGUAA